UUAUCUCUUCUUUGUUCAUCCAUACACUUCGCGAGUACACCUUUUCAAAACAAAAAUAUAAAUGCGUAUUUAUUUUUAAAAGUGAAAAAAAAACAAUUUGUAGAAAGUGCUUCUGAGAAUUUAUCCCGCCACAAUUAAAUGGAAAAGAAGUCAGAAAGUGUUCAAAAGGAGAAAAAAUCCCUGAGAUUGAGACAAAUUCGUCCUGUUUUCCACUCAAAGACCAAAAGUGAAGAUGAUGGGGUUCUCAGUAAAGCAUUAAUAAAACAAACGUGGAAAACAGGUGUCCUCAAUUUGUCAGGAAAAGGACUAGCUCAUGUUCCAGAUAACGUGUGGAACAUUCCUGGAUCGAUUAACUUCGAAGAUGACGAAGAAACAAGGUACUGCAUGGACAAAAGAAAGUCCAGCGAAGAUGAAUGGUGGAACAGACAAAAUCUAGUUGAGCUAAAUCUAAGUUCAAAUUCUCUCGUAACAAUAAGUACAAAUAUCCAAAAUCUAGAAGAUCUCUCUGUACUAAAUCUUAGUAACAAUGCCCUGACUCAGCUACCUUCUCAAAUUGGGUAUCUUAGAAAAUUAACCCAUCUCUAUCUGAAUUCUAACAAAUUGGACAGUCUACCUGUAGAAUUUUUCAAGAUGCAAGACCUCCGUGUCCUAGAUCUAUCGCAUAAUAACUUCGAGGAUCUUCAUCCUGAUUUUGUGGAUCUUGUAAUGCUUGAAAAUUUAGAUCUUUCUCACAAUAACUUAAAGUCCAUUCCAAAUGGUAUUGGAUUCUUAGUUCGUCUAACAUCGCUUAAUCUUUCCUUCAACAACCUCGAGGAGCUACCCAGUGAUAUAGUGAAUAUCAGAUCACUCAUCAAACUAAAUAUCAUGAAUAACGAGUUGAAGAACUUACCCGAAUUCAUGGGAGAAUUGAGGAAGUUGGAAUUUCUUUACUCACAAAAUAACCACAUCACCGAAAUACCUAGCCUUGUAGGCUGUAAUGCUUUAAAGGAAAUUCAUCUGGGAAGUAAUUCAAUAACCACAAUAAAUGAUGAAUUUUGCCAGUCUUUGCCUCAAUUGAAAGUGCUCAAUCUGAAGGAUAACAAAUUAACUGAAAUAUCCAAUGAGAUUGUCUUACUACGAAGCCUAUCCUCUCUAGACGUUUCAAACAAUUUACUAGAACAAUUACCAUCAUCCCUGUCAAUGCUAUCGCAUCUAGCCAGUUUGCAAGUUGAAGGCAAUCCUUUGAAAACAAUAAGAAGGGACAUCGUUCAAUGUGGAACUGCAAGAAUACUAAAAUCGCUCAGAAGUGAACGAAUAUCUGAACAAUCAACGGUUAAACUUGCAGAAAUCUGUGAUAAUUUCCCAGAUAAAUACGAAAUGGAACGACAUAGGACACUAAACCUAAGCCUUAAGGAAUUGGUUGAUAUUCCGCAAUCGGUUUUCGAAGACGCAGUCACUGCUAACGUAUCUUGCAUUAACUUGAGCAGAAACAAACUCUCAUCAAUCCCUGAGGCUCUCAAAUCUACGAGUUCAAUAGUAACCGAACUAGAUCUAUCCGUAAACCUGCUUAAAGACCUACCAGAUUUUCUAUCACAAUUCAGUCACAUCCAUUACUUGAAUGUGUCCAACAACCUUAUUGAAGAUUUGCCAGAAUCCUUGGGAUUACUAAUCACUCUUCGAGAGAUCAACAUUGCUAGCAAUAGACUAACAUCCCUACCAAAUUGUCUCUACGAACUGACCAAUCUUGAGAUUCUUCAAGCCAGUGGUAAUCAGAUUGAAGCCAUUGAUGCUACGAAAGAAGGACUGGGAGCUCUCAAGAAACUCGCAACGCUUGAUCUAUCCAACAACAGCAUUGAAAUCCUACCUCCCAUCCUUGGAAAUAUGAAGCAAAUCAAAAAUUUGCAAGUUACUGGAAACAAAUUUCGCCAUCCAAGACACCAAAUCCUAAUGAAAGGAACAUACUCAAUUCUAUCCUACCUAAGGGAUAGGAUAUCUGAGUGAUGAAUCCUUUUUGUGAUUAAUUUUUAAAUAUUUAUCUUUUUUUUCAGGUUUCGUUGAUGUUUUCAAAGUUUAUUUUCAGAGGAUAUCUAUCAGAUUUGGAAAAUCUUAAUUCUAUUUUGUUUUUAUUUAUUUUUGUUGAAAUUUAUGAAAUUAUUUUUCAAAAUUCGUAUACGUUUAUAUUAAAGCUUUAGAAAAAAAUGUAAUAGUGACGCAAAUGAUCUAGUUUAAGUUCACUUUAACUUUUUUGCAAUUACAAAGACAAUAGUCUCUAUUCCGUUGAUAAAGAUAAAUAAAGAUAAUAAUAAUAUAAUUAAUAAUAAUUUCCGUUGAUAAAGAUUGAGGGUAAAAUUUGAAGACAAAAACUUAUAUAAAAUUCGAGUAUUUGACAGCUGUCAUUAGGAUUUCAAAGAGAAAGUAAAGCGUUUCUGUUCAUAAAUCUCUUCAAAUGCCCAAUCUUCACUUUAAAACAAUUUUGAAAAUAGGUUUCAUUUUCUUUUAGUUUCAAUACGAUUUUUUAAACAUUCUGGACUUCAUUCAAUUCAGGUUCCUUUUUGACCAAAUCGUCUUGAAAAACCUGAAAAAUUGUAAAAUAUCCUAGUUCCUAGAAUGUUUUCGUUAAUUUCAACAAUAUUAUUUAUAAGAAGCCAAUUGUUACAAAAAAAUGCUAUGAUAUCAAUUUUUCCGAAAACAAUUUUAAUCCAGCUGGUAGGAAAAUGCACUUUUCGAUUUUUUUUAUAAUCGGUUUUAUGGAUCGUCUUAUUUUUUGGGGCAAAUAUGGACUUUAUUAUAAGGUUUCAUAAAUAAAAGAUCUAUCCAAUUUACGGGUCCCGAUCCCGGUUAAACUCCCCAAAGCCAAAAUCCCAAAUUGGUCACGACUCAAAUUGGUAAAUUACCUCUCACUAUUGAUCCCUACUUGGUCGAAGGAAAGGAAUACUUUCAGUAUUUUGGAAAAUAUUCCACAUUCACAUAUUACACAUUACAUAUUACACAUUCAGGUUUUUGGUUUUCAGGAUUGUGGCCCUUUCGUGAUUUUGAUUUUCGGGAUUAUGCCCUUUUCGUGAUUUUGGCUUUCGAGAUUGUAUUUUUUCAAGAUUGUAGCUCUUUCGGAAUUUUGGCUUCCAGGAUUGUAGCACUUUCGGGAAUGUGGUUCUUUCGGGAUUUUGACUGACAGGAUUGUGAACCUUUCGGGAUUUUGGAUUUCGGGAUUGUAAGUCAUUCAAGAUUGUGGCUCUUUCGAGAUUUUUGUUUUCGAAAUUGUAUUUCUUCCGGAUUUUGGUUUUCAGGGUUGUAGCCCUGUCGAGAUUUUGACUUUCGGGAUUGUGGCUUUUUCGUGAUUUUGGUUUUCGGGAUUGUGGCCAAUUCUGGAUUUUUGUUUUAAAGAUUGUAACUCUUUUGGGAAUGUGGUUCUUUCAGAAUUUUGACUUUCGGGAUUGUGGCCCUUUCGGGAUUUUGAUUUCCGUGAUUGUAGCCCUGUCGAGAUUUUAACUUUCGGGAUUGUGAACCUUUCGGGAUUUUGGUUUCCGGGGUUGUAGCCCUAUUAAAAUUUUGACUUUCGGGAUUCUGACCCUGUCGGGAUUUUCACUUUCGGAAUUCUGACCGUUUCGGGAUUCUGACUUUCGGGAUUGUAACUCAUUCGGAAUUAUGACUCUUUCGAUAUUGUAGCCAAUUCGGGAUUUUGGUUUUGGAGAUUGUAGCUCUUUUCGAAUUUUGGCUUUUAGGAUUGUAGCCCUUUCGGAAAUGUGAUGCUUUCAGGAUUGUCACUUUCGGAAUUGUAGCCCAUUCGUGAUUUUAGCUUUCGGGAUUUUUACUCAUUCAGGAUUGUAGUUUUUUUCGAGAUUUUGGUUUUCGUGUUUUUCGCUUUUUCCGGAUUUUGGUUUUCAGGAUUGUAGCCCUGUCGGGAUUUCGACUUUCGGGAAUGUGGCCCUUUCGUGAUUUUGGUUUUCUGAAUUUUAGCCAAUUGUAGAUUUUGGUUUUAAAGAUUGUAGCUUUUUUCGAAAUUUUUCUUUCAGGACUGUAGCUCUUUGAGACUUUCUGGAUUUUGUUUUUGGAAAUUGUAGCUCUUUUCGAAUUUUGGAUUUUAGGAUUGUAGCCCUUUUGGGAAUGUGGUCCUUUCAGGAUUUUCACUUUCGGAAUUGGAGCCCUUUCGUGAUUUUAGCUUUCGGGAUUGUUACUCUUUCCGAAAUUUGGUUUUUGGGAUUAUGGGCCUUUCGGGAUAUUAACUUUAGGGAUUUCGGUUCUCGGGAUCUCAGCUUUUGCAAUUGUGGCCCAGUCCAGCUUUUUAAGCUUUUUUUUUUGAAUAAAAAAUCCACCUUGUUCGUAUAUUUUUUAUCUUUGUUUAGGGAAUAGAGAUCAUUGUCUUAAGUUUCUUUUGCAAAUUAAGAUAGUUUAGCUUUAGUUGGAAAACUUUAUCAUAAGAAAUACCACAAAUUUUGAAGUUUAAAGAAGCUCUUCGCCAAAGUUUUUUAUUCAUUAGUUGUUUUGUUUACCUGAAUAAUUCUUGUUUUUUAGUGUUUUACUCAAAAAUAAUAUAUUUUCACGGCAAAUAUCAAGUCUAGUCUACUUUAAACCCAAAACUCGAUGGAUUUGUCGAAGAGAGGAGAUUUCUUACAAGAAAAACCCUGUGAUUUCCACUAUUUAACCCCAAUUUCACAUCACUCUGAUAUUUUUUAAUUUAAUUAAUUUUUGUUUUUUGUUUAUUAACCAUUGUAACACUUCUUUUGUAAUAAAUGGGCAAUAAAAUGAAUAAUUAUAAA